UACAAGUUACAACGCAACCGAGCGCCGACGACACUCGUCAACGUUCGGUCUCUCCGGUGUGCGCGCACGUUCGGUUCGCACACGGUACACGCACACAUAUACUUGCACACAUUCACACACACUCACACACAAGCUUCACGCGAGUCGGGUUAUUUUUUAAAUAUAUAUUUUUUUUUUUUUGGGUAUCCGUCGUACCUAAACAAUACGUCUAGUAAGUAGUAGAAAAAUUUCGGGGAAAAAAAAAUUAAACCGUGUGUGGUGUAUGCUCGUGGAAAACGCGCCUGUCCGCCGAAGGAAUCCGUCGAAUUCCUGUACACACGAAACCGCACCGUCCGCCGUGGCCGCGCAGGAUCGUUAUUAGAUAAAAAAAAAUAAAUAAAUAGAUCUCCGUCAAAAGAAUAAGGAAAAAAAAAGUUCGCUUCAGAAUAAUCAAUUGUAUUAUCGUUUUAUUAGUUUUCUUACGUCGCGAUCGCGUUAUCCGUGUGUAAAUCCAGAAGCAAAUUUUAUCCUGUUUUGGACGAGGGACAACCCGGCGGAUAACGGAUACGAAAAAAAAAAGGGGUAAACGGUGAUGGGGAAUGACAUCCAACGUACCGCCGACGGACUGUGAUAUUAGGACGACGGGGGAGGUAGAGGAGGUGGAGCAACCACAACAGGACUGCAGCGACACCCUCCGGAAGAACAGCACGGCGGCCACUGCGAUGCGAGUGACCCAACCGUACCUAUGUGCCUUGUACGUGGCCACCGCCGGCCACCAGGGCAACCUGCUCGGGUCCGACGAACACGAGAUUGUCCUUCUCAUCUACGUCGUCAUAGACAUGGCCACCAACCAGAUAGUUGGCAUCCAACAGUAUUUGGUGAAACCGACCGAAGUCGACCAGAACGAGAACACGCUGUCUGACCAAGUCACCUCGGACAUUGGCAUCACCGAGAAGAUGGUCAAGACGUCCGGUAUCCCCCUGCAAGACGCCAUCGAAAAGUUCGACGCGUACGUCAAGUCGUUGAACGUCGAACCACAGGCGCCCAUGUUCCGGCUGGUGACCGACGGACAGCUACCCAUCCGACAGUGUUUGCACCGCGAAGCUUCCAUCAAAGACAUUGAACUACCCGAAUACUACAACGUGUUCCACGACCUCCGGAAAGAUGUGUCGAAUUUCUACAACGCUCCCCAAGAGCAGUCGUUCAACUCAAUUCAAGAUCUAGUGAACUAUCUCGACAUGACCCACGAAGUCGACUCUCAGUUUUACGUGGCCGAAGUCAAAGACAUGGUAAACAUCGUACAGAGGCUCAUCAACGACGGACAUACGUUCAACUCGCCCGAGACCGUCCAACUAAAAUUAGAACCUGGCAUUUGCUGGAAGAAUGAAGAGGUAGACAACAACUGUGUGGUCAGAGCCAGAGGUUUGCCGUGGCAAUCCUCCGAUCAGGACAUUGCCAAGUUCUUCCGUGGACUCAACAUCGCCAAGGGUGGAGUCGCACUGUGUCUGAGCGCGCAUGGUCGGCGAAACGGUGAAGCAGUGGUCCGUUUUGUAAAUCAAGAACAAAGAGAUAUGGCCAUGAAGAGGCACAAGCACCACAUCGGCAGUCGGUACAUCGAGGUGUACAAGGCCAACGGCGAAGACUUUAUAAAUGUCGCUGGAGGUAACAGCAGCGAGGCUCAAGCUUUCCUCACCAAAGGCGCCCAAGUGAUAGUGCGUAUGAGGGGAUUGCCUUACGACUGUACGGCCAAAGACGUCAUUGCCUUCUUCGAGAGCGGCGAACAGACCUGUUCGGUAAUGGACGGCGAAGACGGCGUUCUGUUCGUCAAAAAGCCCGACGGUCGUGCAACAGGCGACGCUUUCGUUUUGUUCGCCGACGAAGACGAUGCUCCAAAAGCUCUUAGCAAGCACAGGGACCUCAUCGGCACUAGGUAUAUAGAGCUAUUCCGUAGCACUACGGCCGAAGUACAACAGGUGUUAAAUCGUGCGAUGGACACGACCGUGCGAUCGACGGCCAGUGACAACGGAAACAUAAACACACCGGUGACGACAACGGCCGGCGUGAACAACUCUCCUACCGCCUUGCUCGGCCACGUACCUCUAUUGCCCUUGCCACAGCACGUCAUCACCAGCGGGACAAGGAAGGACUGUAUACGACUGCGCGGGCUACCAUACGAAGCCAACGUAGAACACAUUCUAGAAUUCCUCGGCGAACACUCCAAAAACAUCGUGUUCCAAGGCGUGCACAUGGUGUACAACUCUGUGGGCCACGCGUCCGGCGAAGCAUUUAUUCAAAUGAAUAAUGAAGGCAGUGCGGCCCAAGCUGCCAUGGCGAAACACCACAACUAUAUGUCGUUUGGGAAAAAACAACGAUAUAUCGAGGUGUUCCAGUGCUCGGGCGAAGACAUGCACUUGGUGUUAACUGGCGGCAGUGCAGCUACCGGAGCUUUGUCCCCAGUGGCCGCUAAAGCUCUGUUGUCGCCACCCGGUAUGUUACCUGCACAACCUCUAAUAAACGCCGGCCAGGUGUCCAAUCCGGGUACUCCGGUACCCACCCUAAUGCCCGCUUGGGAUCCCAUGUCCGUUUACGCGCAAAACAUAGCCCAAUCCUUGGCCUUGCAACGCGCGGCUGUGGCGGCUGCCCAACAGCAACAACAGCAGCAACAGCAACAACAACAGCAACAACAACAACAACAACAACAACAGCAGCAAGAGUCAUGGUUGUAUCAGUUGGCCCAACACAACCAACUGAUCAACUUGGCCUUGUUGACUAAACAACAACACGACAUGAACGGCAGCAUGGGUCAGCAGGCCAACCUCCAGGCCCUGUUGUCUCCGAAUGCUGCUGCUACCCAUCAGCUGUUGGACAGUACCGCACAGAAUUACAUGGGCAAAAGCGCUGCGGCGCCGUAUAUGUACUUCAACAUGCCGCGGUUCCCGCCCAACAUGGCGCCUAAGCCUUUCGUGCCUGUAUCGGCGCCGGGCGGACAGUUCGUUUUGCCGCAAUCGAUAAAUUCCACCCAGAAACGGUCUUGGCAACAGGCGUUUCCGGGCAGCCCCGAUGCCUCCAACAAGCGUCAAUUUCCGCCUUCCCAUUCGCCGUUCCAACUGACGCAGGCGCCUAACGCAGCAGCCGCCGCCGCCGCAGCCGCAGCCAUGGCCGCCCCUUACUUGCAACAUCCCGCCCAGUUUUAUACCAUUUAAUCCACAUUCCGAUUCCCACUGCGCAGCCCUGUUCCCUUUUUCGUAAUACCUACUGUUAGUUUUUGCUGUUAGUUUGAUAAUUAGAGAGCUUAUAACUACUACUGGGUACAUGGUUAGAGUGGUAAAUGGUACACAAACAAUUUGUUUUAUUUAUUUUUUAUUUUUAAAAAUAACAAUAUCCGUCCUCUGGGUUUAUUAUAAUAUAAUAUUAUUAUAUUAUUUUAAUUUGAAAUACUAUAAUUUACCGACUGCACAAAUCGUACUUAAAGCAUUUUGAGCUUAUUAUUUUACAGGGUAUUGUUCGAAUUUGUAAAAUACUCAUUAACUAUUUUUUUAAACUUUGUUUUUAGCUUAAUUAAUAUUUUAUAGUAUUUAAGACUAGUUUUUUUUUAUUACUAAUAACAUUAUGUACUUAAAUGUUUUCUCUCGUUUGAAUGCCCACGUAGAAAUUGGUGACGCGUGUUGUAUAUGAUUCGUUAUAACUUAUAGAUCAUAAAACGACUUUAUUGUGCCUUCGACAAAACUUUUGACCUAUAAAAUACCAUUCCAUUUUAUAUAGUCUUGUUAUUCAUUUUUAAUUUUUUUUUCGUUUUUCGCCCCCUAAUAGUUUUAUAGGCCCUGUUAAUGUUUAUUUUUUUUUAAAUUUGUUUUUCGAAUAAAAACGCUUUAGGCCAAACUGACGUUUAACUUAAAUUCGGCCUUCUUGUUAGAUAUAUAAUAAAUGUAAUAUUGUUAGGUUAUUUUAUAUAAACAAUUAUAUAUAUAUUAUAUGUAUUAACAUAUUUUUUCUGUUAGCUACUUAGAAAUAUUUAGACGUUUAGACUUUUUUUUUUAAGUUAAUUAGUUAAAUAAUUAUUAUAGUUUUAAUAAUAAAUAUAUAUUUUUAUAUUUUAUAAAACAUUAACACCAAUUUUACACGUACUGUUUAAAAGUCUCAAGCUUUCGCUAUUGAUAAAUUUAUUUCUUCUUUUUUUUUUAUUUUUAAAUAUUAAUAUCUGUUUCAUAAAUACAUGUAUUGGGAUUGUUGUUUUUGCGCUUAGAUAAUUUAUAAUAUUUGAAGCUUUCAUGUGGUUGAAUCACGCGUGUGGUGAUUGAAACAAAACUACUAAAAUAGUUACUUUAUACAAAACAUAUACAUACACUAUUACCACCGUAUGUUAAUAUUAUAAUACCAAAUUCAUCUGUAUGGUAAAAAAAAAAAAACGAAUAUGGUUCUGGGGAUAACAAUAGCUUGGUGUUUUUUUUUUUUAUGCAUGAUUAUUAUUACAUAGUAAAAUUUAUUAUCGUUAGCGCGUUUCACGUUGUUCUGUUCAAGUGUUCACCUAUACUAAUUAAAACGAUUAUCUAUUUAAAUAAAACUAUAUGCCCAUGUGUCGAGACAAUACAGCGCGCAUAAUACCAUAUUUUUGAGCAUUGUCAAAACACAGACCGACUGUCUAGCCACUAUCUGUAUUAGAUCCGAACUGUGCUCUUAUAUUGAUUUUACAAUAAUACAUAUUAAUAAUAAUUUUUAUAAAAUUUGUUAUUAUAAAAUCAAUGUCGUGGCGGUGUCGACAAUUGAACAGAAGAGCGGUGUAAAAAGUUUUUUUUUUUUUUAACAUUUUCCGGGGACGAUCAUAUAUUAUAGUGAAUCAUAAUAUAUAGCUAUAUACGCUCGUAUAUACAAUUUAUAUAUAUAUAUAUGAACGUUUUAACAAAUAGAAAUAAAUUUACGGUAGCGGAAACUUGCGAUUUUGUGCUGCUCAUAAUCAUUAGAUGUUAAUAGAUUUAAAUAAAAUAAUAAAAAACGCUGUACCUAGAAAGUGAAAAUUGACAAACUAAUUGACAUUGUGUACAAAUCUCAU